AUGACGAUAAGGGCAGCGGCGCAAAAGGUCACCACUGGCCAGAAUGGCCUCGGGGCCUUCAUCCUGCAAUGCAAAAAGAUGGACUUCCACUACUGCGACUGGGCCGGGAGUUCCAAGGGCAUGAACUCUUUCAUCAAGCACCAACUCCCCCAGUUCGCCGCCAAGAACCCACAAGUCGAGAUCACCGUUUCCCCGAGGCCGUCAAAACACCCGGUCAUCAUUGGCCACUACAUCAACGGCAAGGAGAGAGCAAUCUGUGUGAGGAAUCUCGAGGCGACACAGAUCCUGAAAAAGGCGGAGCUGCUCCGCGACGCGACGGGCGAGAAGAACAAGAAGUUGAGCAAGCCGGUCUCGAGUAUCAACGAGAGUGUCAGAGGCAUAUGGAGUCCGUACCACGGAAACGGCAUGCAGGUAUAG